AUGAAGCCCGUCGUGUCUGCGAUGAACGCAUGGUCAUGCGUUGUCAUCUCCCUCUUUGCCAUUGUCAUUCUCUCUGUCCUCGGAUCGCUAUUCCAGAGCAACCACCACGGAUUUACAGGCUCGGAAGGUGAGCCAGAAGAUGGCCCUGCAGUUGCUGCCUCAGUCUUCACAGCUGUGGUCGUAUACGCCGGUUUCUUCGUUUUCUGCGCCUUCCAGGCCUAUCUUCACAUGAGAAGCAACAGGGGAGGGGCCAUAUCACUCAACUAA